AUGCCUUCGCGCCGCGAGAUCUACAUCCCUCCUCCUCCAGCCUCAACUCAUCGAAUCAACCGUGAUCAUCGCAUCAAGCGAGUUCCACUACAAGAUCUCGCCUUCAAGAAGUCUACUGGCGCUCUUCUCCAGCAGCGCAAGCGAGUCUUCCGAACCGUUCCUUCUCCAGACAAAGAGAACGUGGAGGCCUGCUACCGAGCCGUUGAUCAUCUCAGUGUCACCUUUGAGGAGUGGUAUCAAGAGCGCAUGCGAAUUCUCCGUGAAUCACGGCAAUUCCGAAGAAAUAUUAACAAUAUUCUCCUAGCUGCCCAGCAGCCUACAGACCGAUCUCGUCUCAGCAUGCCUCCCCGCGAUUCCGACGCCUCCAGCUCCGACGCUGAGCCUGACGAGAGUAUUCUCUUCAAUCGUGCUCGCCCAACAGCUGCUCCCGCUGGCCCUUCUUCUGAUGCCACAAUGGCUUACAACGACGACCAAGCUGCUGAGGAUGAUGCCGAUCAGCGCACUCUUUCUCAUUCCCCUGAAGAAUAUGAGGAUGAGAACUCAAUCGGCGAGGAAGAAGAAGAAGACGAUGAUGAUGAUGUCGACGAAGACGAGGAUGACGAAGAAGCUGCUGAGCACGACCAGGCUCAUGAAGCUGCGACCCUUUUCGACCCCGCUACUGCCGGCCUAAAGGAGAUUUCCAACCUUGCCCGUUUCACUGUUAGCAGCCACAAGCCUGGCAAUGGUGUUGAGGAGCUCAAGAGCGAUGACCUCAAGCUCUUCUGGCAAUCCGAUGGCCCUCAGCCCCACAAGCUCACCAUGUAUUUCACCAAGCGUGUUGGUAUUCGCGACAUUCGUUUCUACGUUGACUACAACGAGGACGAGUCCUACACCCCUACCAAGGUCGUAUUCAAGGCCGGCACCAGCGAGAACAAUCUCAUCGAGUUUGCUACCAUGGCUCUCGAGAACCCCUCCGGCUGGCAGCAGGUUCCCAUCGCCGGCGCCGGCGGUGGCCCUGACGGCAACACCCUCGUCGCUUGGGUCGUUCAGAUGCAGAUCCUUGAGAACCACCAGAACGGCAAGGAUACGCAUCUUCGCGGUAUCAGAAUCUAUUCUUUCGACAACGACUCCGCCCUUGGUCCAGGUCGUGAUGGUAACCCUGUCGAAAAUGUCCUCGACCUCAUGGACACAGCCACUAGCCAUAUCAACCCCAGUUCUACUCGUUCGCGCCUCAGCAACUUUGGAGCUUCCAACUUUGAGUCUGGUGAGGGAGGUCUCGCCAUCCCUGAAUUCAUGCGAGAGCCUGAGAUCCGCUAA